AUGGCUGAGUAUAAAUUUUUACCAAAAUUAUCUCAAAAUUUGCUCGAAAUUUUGGAUGAUGAUGAAUAUUAUGAUAUUAUAAUUGAAGUUGGUAAUGACCCUGACGUAAAAAUAUUUCGCGCUCACAUGGUUAUUUUAAAUUAUCGUUCUCCAUAUUUGAGAAGAAUUUUAUCAACUAAUAAAAAGAAAAAUGAUGGAACUUUAUCACAUAUCAAAUUACCAAAUAUUUUACCUGAAAUUUUUCAAAUAAUUAUAAGAUAUAUUUAUGGAGGAAAAAUUUCUUUAGUAGAAUAUGAUAUUUUAGAUAUCAUCAAGAUCUUG